UGCUGUGUGGUGUAAUGUGAAUAAGGGACACUACUGCAUAAUUUGAAUUGAGGGUACCAUUUUGUGGCCACAUUCUUCCCCACAAGACCACCCCCUUUUUCCAGUGCAAAUUAUCCCUAUUUUAAAUACCGGGUAAGGGCACUAAUUCACUUUCUGGCAAAGGGCACCAAAAUCUCUAGUUACAGUACUGGGGACAGGUUAGGGAUAAACACUAGAGGGAGAGUUAGGGGUUAGGUUUAGGGAUAGGGGUGAAAUCCAAAUGCUGGAGGAUCAGAGGUUUGACCCAGAAAUCAUAGUCACAUAACUGCCGGCUCCCAGAAGACACCGCCGAAGCCGCCAGCCACUGUUGGGCCCCCAGAGUUUAUGUCGGCAUUCUAACAUGUUGACAUCUCAUCACUGUUUACGUGAUGAAUGUCAGCAUGUCAUACCACACCCUGUAUCUAAAAUUCUGAGUAGUGUACCUGCACCUAUCAUAGAGUAGGUGUAAGUACCGAUGGUAUUAAUGAUGCAGUCGCAUCCAGCCAUCCAUACGCUGUAGGAGGGGUCUACAGUCCUACAGUAGAGGCCUAUAUUAGCCUACAUUUGCCGGCCAUUUGCUAUUCAUCAGCAUACAGAAUGUGUCCACAUUCGGACCUGCAUUUCAUUUAAAUUCAUUACAGAGGGUGCACUCUGUAAAAUGCACACACCUGAAUAGAACUGCAUGCAGCCUACUUAUAUUCCCUCUUUUUAAAUGUGUUCUCUAAAGUUGCCAAAUCUAUUUUGAAAUAAUUAAAACAAUGUACAACAGAGAGGAAAUAGGAUGUCUCCUCGUUACAGCCUUCGGUUUUGGACUCAACCUAAGCUUUGCCGUAAGGCAGAUCUCCAGACUGCUCCAGAGUUUAAUCUAUUAAUCUAUGUGCUAUUUAUUCAGACCAUACCAAAGGGCAUUAAGUAUGCAGAACCACACACACGACUUAUAAGCUGCAGUGCAGAAGUAGUUAAAAAUAUCUUUUUCUCAUUAUCUGUAUUUAUUUUCUGGGCUCUUAAGUUGAAAAUGUACCCAAAAGAAGACAAUUGGGAGAGUUGAGAUCUGAGGCUAGCAGAAUUAUAAUAAUAAUAAUAAAGAGCAGCUGUGUUAGAAUAGCAGGCCAUCUCCCAGCCCCUGGAGAAGAGAUGGUCCUACAGCCCAAACCCACACAGACACAUGUGCAAUACAUCAGCCGCGCUGGGGAACAGCUGGCUCCAGUUAGUAUGUCCCCUUUCCCUUUGAAUUUGACAUUCUUCUGAUCUCCUCAUCUGGUCAGCACAUGACAACCUCAUCCUCUGCCUGGUGCCCUAAAAUGAAAUGUGCAUAAAUCAGACGUAGAUUGAACUUCGUCCCUACAGUCAGAUCACAUGACUGGAAAGUUGAGAUCAAGUUAAUGUUUGCUCAUCUGGUGCUUACUAACCAUAUAUGGUCAAGAUGAGGGAGCAUAUUGUCCCACAGCUGGCAGCUGUCUUGUGCCUUAUUCUCUCGGGGAUAAGCAGGCUGGAUGCACAGGAAGACUCAGCUGACCUGGUUUUCCUCAUUGAUGGCUCAAAUAAUGUUGGACGCACGGGUUUCAACACCAUCCGUGACUUCUUGGUGAAUUAUGUGGAAAGGCAUUUGGAGGUGGGAAGGAGCCGAAUGCAAAUAGGAGUGGUGCAGUUUAGUGAUGAUACCAAAAUAGAAUUCACGUUGGAGGAACAUACUAGCAAACGUGAGCUUAUAGAUGCUAUGAAGAACCUACGGUACUCUGGCGGAGAAGAGUCGAAUAUGGGGGCCGCCAUUGAGUUUGUAGUGGAAAACAUGUUCAGCGCCGCUGGAGGCAGCCGAAGAGAAGAAGGGAUUCCUCAGUCACUGGUGGUGAUCACUGGUGGACCAUCAAGUGAUGAUCUGAGAGAGGCUGCCAAUUCUUUAAGACUUAAUAGUAUUAUCACAUUUGGCAUUGGCAUGGAAAGGGCAGACACCACUGAACUGCAGCAGGUUGCAACGGAUGACAGCUUUGUGUUUACCGUACCACAGGCCCAGGCGGUGGGUCAACUUGAGAGCCAAAUUGUGCCAUACAUUGCUGGGGUAGCCCAAAGGACCAUAAUCUUAGAGCCUCCAACUGUUAUUACAGAAGUUACUGAAGUCAACAAGAGGGACAUAGUGUUCCUGGUUGAUGGUUCCAGUGAUUUAGGACCGACAAGCUUUUCAGCAAUCCGUGAAUUGAUUAUAAAGAUUGUCAACAGGCUGGAAAUUGGUGCUGAUCUCAUUCAAGUGGGAUUUGCCCAGUAUGCCAGAGAUUUUAAACCCGAAUUCUACCUUAACACCUACAGUAAUAAAAAAGACGUUGUUGCACAAGUGAAAAAAAUAAAGCUCUUGAAUACCACACCAUUGAAUACUGGCGCGGCCCUGAGAGCUGUCCAAAGAGAUUUCUUUAUUGCCUCUGCUGGAAGCCGCGUGGAUGAAAGAAUCCCACAACUGCUCGUCCUCUUCACUGGUGGCCAGUCCAGAGAUGACAUUGUUCCGGCCUCACAGGAACUGAAGCGAGCAGGAAUACUGACCUUCGCUGUCGGGUCUAGGAGCGCUGACCUAGCCGAGCUCCAAGAAAUUGCUUUCGACUCCACAUUGGCUUUCCAGCCGACAGAAUUCCGUCAGGCUGCUCUACAAUCGUUAUUGCCUCAAGUGCUGACUCCUUUGAAAACACUCACAGGAGUCGUGAUUACUGAGGGACCAACCGAAGUAAUUAACCAAAGAGAUAUCGUCUUCCUGUUGGAUGGUUCGGUCAACGUUGGAAGUGCCAACUUUCCACUAGUAAGAGACUUUGUCAUCGACGUAAUUAACAACCUUGGUAUCAGCGGUGAAGGUACUCGAGUUGGCCUAGCCCAAUUUAGUGACACCCCCAGAACUGAGUUCUAUCUAAACACUAUGACCUCCAAAUCUGACCUUGUUGACCGUUUGGAACAGCUGAGAAUCAAGGGGGGUAAUGCCCUAAAUAUUGGUUCGGCAAUUCGAUUCGUUAUCGACAACCAUUUCACCAGAAGCGCGGGGAGCAGGAUAGAUGACAGGAUUCCGCAGCUUCUCUUGGUUCUAGUGGCUGGGAAAUCAACAGACAGCAUUCAGGCUGCUGCUUACGACCUCACCAGAUCGGGGGUGUUGACCCUUUGUGUUGGGGUCGGAAAUGCUGAUAGAGGAGAGCUGGAAACAAUUGCAUUCAAUCCAAGCCUGGCUUAUAGGGUGGAUGAUUUCAGUAUGUUACCUGGCUUCAGCCAGCAGAUUCUAACCCCUCUUACCACCUACGUUAGAGGAGAAGUAACAGAAGUGACAGAGACCACAGUGAGUGAAGAUCGCAAGAAGGAUAUUGUGUUUUUGAUUGAUGGAUCUAAUGAUGCCAGGUCUGGUUUCCCAAAUCUCAGGAGCUUUGUCCAGAGAGUUGUAGAAUACCUUGAUGUGGGUCAAGACAGAGUACGUAUUUCAGUUGUCCAGUACAGUGAUUCCUCCAGGCCUGUGUUUCUUCUUAACACCCAUGCAGACCGCCAAGAUGUCGUAAGAGCCAUUCAGAGUAUGUCUCCCAUUGGAGGCGCUUCAUUGAACACAGGAGCUGCUAUAGAGUAUGUGUCACAAAAUGUUCUUACCGAGUCAGCUGGAAGCCGAGCGGCUUUAGGAGUGCCACAGUUUCUGAUACUUUUGACAACUGGGAAGUCUAGAGAUGAUGUACGAAGGGCCGCCGCCUCUCUCAAGGCUGGUGGAGUUGUGUCAUAUGCCAUUGGAACCGGCAGAGCUGAUCGUGCUGAGCUGCAGACCAUCGCUUUCACUCCUGAUUUUGUUCUGUUUGUUCCCGAAAUCACUCAGCUGGAGAACGCUUACCAAACAUUCUCCCAACGAGUCAGCACAAUUUCUACAAGAGAUAUAACCACUCUACUUGAGUCAGUCCCAACUGUAACAGAGAGCAAAAAGGACAUCCUAUUCCUGGUUGAUGGUUCCAACAAUAUUGCUGGGAGGUUUCCCGUUGUACGAGACUUUGUGGCAAAUAUCAUAGGUGGUCUCAACGUCGGCCCAGACGAGACCCGUGUCUCUGUGGGCUUAGUGGGAGACAACGUCAAAGUGGAGUUCAAGUUUGACUCAUUUCGCACCAAGGCCGAGAUAGUCAGCGCUGUGCGGAAGAUGCGAUUCAGGCCGAGCAGAGAGUUCAAGCUUGGCGUUGCUCUUGACUAUGCUCAUGACACUCUCUUCACACCAGAGUCCGGAAGUAGAAUCCGAGAGGGUGUGCCGCAGUACCUAGUCUUGCUUGCUGCAGGGAAAUCUGCAGACAGUGUUGACCAAGCGGCCAAUAAGUUAAAGAGGUCUCGUGUUGUGACGUUUGCAGUGAAGACGGAGAGGGCUGAAUCUGAGGAACUGGAGAAGAUUGUUCUGGCACCACAGUUUAUUCUAUCCUCAGGCUCACUGGGAGAUCUCGCUAAUAUCCAAACCCAGUUUGUUAAUCUCAUUAAAACCGUCUCAGUCUCAAUCGAGGGGCCAACAGAUACAUAUGAUAUAAACAACAGGAAGGAUAUUGUGUUUUUGAUUGAUGGAUCUGAUGGUGGUAGAUCCAGCUUUCCAUCUCUUCGAACCUUUAUUCAGAGGAUGGUGGAGAACCUUGAUGUGGAUCAGGAUAGGAUCCGGAUUAGCGUUGUUCAGUACAGUGAUACCACAAGGCCCAAUUUCCUCCUUAACACUCACCCAGAUCGCCAAGCAGUCAUAGGUGCUGUUCAACGUCUAACCCCUAUUGGAGGAUCCCAACUGAAUACAGGGGCUGCCUUGGACUAUGUUACAACAAAUGUUUUCACCAGCUCUGCAGGAAGUCGGUCAGCUGAUGGAGUGCCCCAAUUCUUGAUUUUGCUGACUACUGGCAGGUCCAGAGAUGAUAUCAGGAGAUCCGCCGCAGAACUCAAGAGAUCUGGCGUUGUUCCAUUUGCUAUUGGAGUUCGUAAUGCUGAUUUAACUGAGUUGCAGACCAUCUCCUUCAUCCCAGACUUUUCCACUGCUGUGUCCGAUGUUAGCCAAUUGGGGGCUCUUUACCAGACCAUCACAACCAGAGUGUCUGAGCUUAAUGUGGGUGACAUAGAAAUUUUGAGACAGUCUCGCCCAUCAGUGACUUACCAAGGAGCAAAGAGGGACGUGGUGUUCCUUGUAGAUGGAUCAAGGGAUGCUACUCCUGAAUUUAGAAAUGUCAAAGAACUAAUUAGUCGGAUUGUGGAUACCAUGGACGUAAAUCCAGACAGUACGCGUGUGGCUGUUGUUCAAUACAGUGAAGAUCCCAAGGUUGAAUUCCUGCUAAAUGCACUGUCCACCAAAGAUGAGGUAAAAAAUGCAGUGAGAAGGAUGAAUCCAAAGGGUGGAUCAUCGGUAAACACUGGAAAUGCCUUAGAGUAUGUAUCUAAGAAUAUAUUCACACGACCAUCUGGAAGCCGGAUAGAGGAACAAGUCCCACAGUUCCUUAUUGUGACUUCCUCUGGACCUUCAUCUGAUGACGUAGAAGAAGGAGCAAAGCAGGUUAAAGAGUCUGCAGUGGUUCCUUACUUAAUUGGAAAGAACAUUAAUACAGAGGAAGCAAGUAAAAUAACUUUUGGACAGGAUUUCAUAUAUCGUGUAUCUAGUUUCCAGGAACUACCAGCAUUGGAGCAAAGACUGCUCUCUUCCGUCACCAGCCUGGACCAUGAAAAGAUAACUGAAAUAGUUGUAAGACAAUCAGGUCUCCCGUCAGGAGCUGAUCCAGAAGCAAGGGAUGUCGUCUUCCUAAUAGAUGGUUCCACAAGCACCGGUUCUGAUGGCCUAGCCAACAUUCGGGAUUUUAUCUUGAAGGUUGUUCAGAACUUCCAAAUUGGAGCCACUAAAGUUAGGGUGGGCCUGGUCCAAUUCAGUAAUGAGCCUACCACAGAAUUCUUCCUAAGGGCCAACAUGAACAGACUUGCCUUGGUCCAGAAUAUUCGUCGUCUACGACACCGGGGAGGUGCACCACUAAACAUUGGGAAAGCAUUGGAUUUUGUGGCAAAGAAUCAUUUUGUGAAAUCAGCUGGAAGCAGAAUAGAAGAAGGCGUUCCCCAACAUUUAGUACUUCUAACCGGUGGGAAAUCUGCGGAUGAUAUCAGUGGAUCAGUCAGAAUACUUGGGGACACAGGGAUCAGAUCUCUUGCUGUGGGAGCUGGUAGCGCUGACAGGGCUGAGAUAGCGACUAUUGUGUCAGACCCACGUUUUGUCUUCACCAUUAGAGAUUUUAAGGACCUUCCGACUAUUGAAAAUACAUUAACCCUGUCUUUUGAAGGCCCUGUUGAACCACCUCGGGGACCAUCAGAGCCGCAACCAGCAGGCCCUGUGAAGAAAGAAGCAGACAUAGUUUUCCUUGUGGAUGGCUCCAUGAAUAUGGGAAGAGAGAACUUCAAUGGAGUUCUCCAGUUUGUUUCAGGCAUAGUGGAUUCUGUAGUCGAGGAAGAGGACUCUAUUCAAAUUGGUCUGGCUCAGUACAACUCAGAUGUGACAGAUGAGUUCUUCCUAAAGGACUUCAGAAACAGGGACGAAAUCAUGGAUGCUGUGACGAAGGCAGAAUAUAAGGGAGGUCGUCUGGCUAGUCUAGGCACAGCUAUUCGUCACCUGCAGGAAAAGCACUUUGUUCAACCAGCAGGCAGUAGAAUAGGCACCAGUGCUCCUCAAAUUGCUUUCAUUAUCACAGGGGCUAAGUCAGUCAGUGACGGUCAAGUCGCUGCCCAGGCUUUGUCCAAACUGGGAGUUAAAGUCUUUUCCAUUGGACUGGGGAGCAUCAGUACUGAUGAAGUCUCCAAGAUAUCAAGUAAUGCCGCAAGUGCUUUCCGAGUGCCCAAUGUCCAGGAGCUUUCAGAGCUGAACGAGCAGAUCCUGGUAACUCUUGAAGCUGCUCUGCAAAAGAGGAGCGUUUGUCCAAAUAUACUGGAAACCGUUAAAGAUUGUAAUCUGGAAGUGAUUAUAGGGUUUGAUGUUGAUGUCAACCCUGGGCAGAACAUCUUCAGUGUUCAGGGGGAAAUGCAGACCAAACUUAAGCAGAUACUGGAACACAUCUCCAACAUGGAGAAAAUAAGCUGUACGGGUGACAAGAAACCGUCGGUGAAAGUGGCCAUCUUGUCACAGGGGAGGACAGGAGCGGUGGAAGCCUUCGACUUUUCAGACUACCGCAUAGAACUGUUUGACAAAGUACUGGCAAUGGGCACGCGAGGGCCAUUCGUGCUGAAUGGACGGACGCUACAGUCCUAUCUGAACAAAUUUAAGGUGUCUGGAGAAGACACCAGCAUUAAGGUGGUUAUUCACAUGACAGAUGGCAUCGAUGCAAGCAUGUCUGAACUACAGCAAGCUUCCGCGGCUCUGCAGAGAGGAGGAGUGAGGGCUCUGCUUUUGGUGGGGAUGGAAAGCGUCCCCAAGUUUGACCAAGUGAUGCAGUUAGAAUUUGGCAGAGGAUUCACCUACAAAAACCCUCUGAGACUGAACCGAAGAGACCUGAACUACGAGAUCAUUGAGGAACUGGAUAACAUUGCAGAGAAAGGAUGCUGCGGAAUCCCUUGCAAGUGCGCCGGACAAAGAGGUGAUAGCGGACAUAUAGGCAUCAUUGGACCAAAGGGUGGACCAGGUCUGAAAGGACACCAAGGCUUCCCAGGAGAGGAAGGAGGACCGGGUGAACGUGGUCCUCUUGGUGUAAAUGGAACUCAAGGUUUUCAGGGAUGUCCUGGUCCUCGAGGAAGCAAGGGUUCACGUGGAUACUCUGGAGAUAAGGGUGAAAUAGGAGAAAUUGGCCUGGAUGGAAUUGAUGGAGAAGAAGGCAAAAGAGGUGGCCCCGGACCUGCGGGAGAGAUAGGAAGCGGAGGACCACGGGGAGACAAGGGUCUGAAAGGACAAAAGGGAGAGAGAGGAGACCAAGGACUGCGAGGUGAUCCGGGUGAGUCCGGAACAGAUUCUACUCAGAGAGGAACGAGAGGACCCAAAGGAGAAGCAGGAAGUGUGGGAGAACCUGGAAGAGAUGGAGCAGCUGGACAGCCGGGCGGCCCAGGGAAAAUUGGAGCACAGGGUCGCAGGGGACCUCCAGGAGUUAAGGGUAACAAUGGAGGCGCUGGUCUUGCCGGUGGAGUGGGAGAGCAGGGGCUGAGGGGCCCUCAGGGUCCUCUAGGACAACAAGGCACCCCAGGAACCAGGGGAGAGCAGGGAAGCCCAGGACCAAGGGGUGCAGGAGGAACUCCUGGACCUGCUGGUGAUCGCGGCAGACCCGGGCAACUUGGACGCAAGGGUGAACCUGGAGACAUGGGACCCAAAGGCUCUGAUGGACCUGUCGGACCACGUGGAGAGACAGGAGAUGACGGACGGGACGGAGUUGGCAAACCAGGACUCAAAGGCAGAAGGGGCGAAACUGGAUUCCCUGGAUACCCGGGAGUAAAGGGAGAUCCCGGUGAUAAAGGAUCAAACGGCGAGCUUGGACUCAAAGGAGGCAGAGGCCGCAGGGGCAACGCUGGGGAGCAGGGCAUAGGUGGCCCUCCAGGAGACUCAGGAUACUCGGGACCAUCUGGCCUAAAAGGGGAAAGAGGAGGCACGAGAGAUCAAUGUGCUCUCGUGAAGAAGAUCAAAGACAACUGUCCUUGUUGCUAUGGUCCAACAGAAUGCCCUGUGUUCCCCACUGACCUUGUGUUUGCUAUUGACACCUCCUCGGAUGUCAACCGCAACCAGUUUAACAACAUGAUGGAGACAGUUCGGAGGAUGGUCAACCAGCUGACAAUAACAGAUAGCAACUGCCCUAGGGGAGCCCGGGUCGCCCUGCUUACCUAUAACAGUGACGUCACCACAGAGGUUCGCUUUUCUGAAGGCCUGAAGAAGUCAGCUCUGCUCCGCGAGAUCCAGAACUUGCAGUUAAUAUCAAACACCAAGCAGAGGAGCCUGGAUGGGGUCAUGUCCUUUGUGGCACGGAACACUUUUAAGAGGGCACGUGGAGGAUUCUUAGCAAGAAAGGUGGCCGUCUUCUUCAGCAAUGCCGUAACAAGAGCCUCGCCGCAGCUCAAUGAGGCCGUGCUCAAACUGUAUGAUGCUGGUGUGUCCUCAGUAUUCCUGACAACCAGGGAAGACCGGCCCUUGGCCAAUGCUCUGAAGAUUAAUAACACGGAAGUGGGUCAAACCGUCUUGCUCGCCACCGGAGCUCAGUGGAAUGAAACUAUCCGCAAGGUACUCUCCUGCCAUGUGUGUCUGGAUGUCUGUGAGCCACCCAGUGAAUGCGGAGUUGUUAGGAGGGGAGACCUCCGUUAUAGGCGCUCAGCUGCCACUGAUGUAGAUAUUGACCUAGCCUUUCUGCUAGACAGUUCAGAAUCCACAAAUCCAGCUCAGUUCGCGGAGAUAAAGAGGUUUGUGUCACAUGUGGUGGCACAGCUGGAGCUCAGCCCAGAUCCUAAAUCAUCCUCCCAUCAUGCACGCAUCUCUGUUCUCCAACAAGCCACCUAUGAGCACCAGGCCAACGCAAGCUUACCCCCUGUGAGAAUAGACGUUGGGCUGACUGAGUACACCGAGAAAGAAAAGCUUCAAGAAUUUAUCCAAAAGAAGAUGACUCAGCUGCACGGAACACUGUCUCUGAACAACGCCAUCAAGUACAUGGUGGAACAUGUAUUCGAGAGCGCUCCUAAUCCCAGGCCCUUGAAGGUCAUCUUUCUUAUACUGACCGGAGAAGUGAAGGCUCACGAACUCAAGCUGCUUCGUCAAACAGUCAUCGAGGCCAAGUGCAAGGGGUUCUUCUUUGUAAUGCUAGGCAUAGGAAAGAAAGUGAACAUUGGGCACCUGAGUCCACUGGCUAGCGAGCCACAAAGUGUUUUCUCCAAGAAGGCUGAUAAGGGGUCAGAGCUACAUGAGGAGACUCUUCUGAGAUUUGGGGUACAACUGCCCUCAUACAUCAGCAGUGAAAACGCAUUCCAUCUGUCUCCCGAAAUCCAGAAGCACUGCGAUUGGUUCCAGAAUGACCAGCCUCCAAAAGCCACAGAGAAUGAGAAUACCAAUGAAGAGACAGACAACGCUGUAGUACCCAAUGAGCUACUGUCCAGUAAAAAACCACCGGUUGUGACAGCAGGGGCAAGCACCGACCCCCCUGCAGAUUAUACCCCGACUCCGGAAAUUCCAACCGUGUCAGGUAGUGAUCUGCAAGUAACGGAAGUAACAGAGCACAGCGUAAGCCUAAGCUGGGCCAGCUCCGACCCCAUGAGGACCCAUGACUUUGAGCUGAGCGUUUCCUCACUACCUGACCAGACUCUACUUCUGAAGCAGAAUGUAACUGGCACCGAGAGGCUUGUGGCGGGACUCGAGAGUGGGCACCUUUACCAGGUCACCGUUACAGGGCAGCACAAGAACCUUGGCAUGGUCACUGACCAAGCAGUAUUUACUACAAGUAAAUCUGAGCCCGAGGCUGAUGAUGUGGAGAGCUCUGAUAAGAUAGUGAGCACAGAGCCUCUGGACACUCCUACAAUAGAUCCUUGUGAGCUAGAUCUGGACAUGGGCAACCAGUGCAAGGAGAAUGAGGUUAAAUGGUUCUUUGACAAGACAAACAAGAUUUGCAAUCAGAUUUGGUAUGGUGGGUGUGGUGGCAAUGCCAAUAGAUUUGAUACAGAAGCUGAAUGCAUCAGUAGGUGUCAAAAGACAUCAGUUGAGAAAAACAUUCUACCAGCGCUGGAAAGGAAAGCACUAGCAGUGGGUCCUGAGGUCUGUAUGUUGCAGAAGGAGGAAGGUACCUGCAGGGAGUUUCUUCUGAAGUGGUACUAUGACCCAGAAACCAAGAGCUGUGCCCGGUUCUGGUAUGGUGGCUGCGGAGGAAACGAGAACCGGUUCGGCACACAGAAAGAAUGUGAAAAGAUUUGUAUUCCAGCACCUCUGAAUCCUGGUGUGGUCUCCGCAGUUGGAACAUAAGGGACCCCGAGUCUUACCUCUAGAGGAGACAGCCCAGGAUGCACUGCCCCUCCUCUCACCCUCUGCCCCUUACCAGUUUGCCCUCGCAUAGUGUGAGGGAGGCUCACAAGGUUUAUCAAUAUGGUGCUAAUAUUUCUGUGGACUUGGUGCAGACUUUGGCGGGAAAACGAACCCUUUCACUGCUCUAGAGAGCCCGGCGGUACAAACCCCCUUCAUGCCCUGUAGAGCAAUUCUGUACUGAUCUCUACAGCGUUGAAAGGAUUAUUAGGCAAUCAGUCAGCGGUUGAUACCUGUCAGAGUUUAUUUUCGAUGUCAAGGGACCCCAGGAAUAGAUUAUAGCCCAACGAUCUCUAAAAACACCUGCUUCUCCCUCGCACCUCCCUUCUCUUCACUAUCCUGUCACCCUGUUGCUGCCCUUCAUUUUCCACCACAUCGUGAGCUCCGGAAAAGAACUGUGAGACCCUCUAAGCAUUGGAAGAUUAAAUAUUGUUUCUAGUAUCAACACUUAAACUUCAACUGUUCAUAGCGGGUCCCUUGAAAAAUGACAGGUGUCAUCCCUUUCUCCGCCAGUAGGGGGCCUGUAAAACAUUGCAGAGCAGUGCUCUACAGGUUCUCUGGCAACAUUGGGCUAAAGAGCUUUUAGGUUUUACCACUUGGGAUGUAAAAAGGAUAACUGCAAGAUAGCUGCAAGUAUUGCAGGCUGAGCGAGAGAAUACAUUUGUUUGGUUGGGUCUAUUAUUGUUAUUUGUGUUUGUAAACUUUGGGUCGGGAAAUUACUUGUUAUAAAUUUGGGAAUGUUUUUGGUAUUUUUAUUUUUUUUUAAAGAAGGGAGAUGAGUCAAAGUUUGAAUAAAGAAUGAAGAGGUGUUUAA